AUAAUAAGCACACUGCAAGGUUUCAUCCUCACAAACACAAAACAACACAACACAAUUACACAACACUUUCCUUAACCAAGUCGGUGUUUGAGUGUGAGAUAUGGGAAAGAUAGAGAAAGGGUCACUGUCUUCUGCUUCAGCUACCCCUCUGCCUUUGCUUUCACUAAAUCAUGUCUCUUUUGUAUGCAAGAGUGUGAGUGAGUCUGUCAAAUUCUAUGAACAAGUUCUUGGAUUUGUGCUUAUCAAGAGACCAUCUUCUUUCAAAUUUGAAGGGGCAUGGUUAUUCAACUAUGGAAUUGGCAUUCACCUACUGGAGUCAGCUAAGAUUCCGGUGGAAAAGAGAGAGAUAAACCCCAAGGAAAAUCAUAUAUCGUUUCAAUGCUUAGACAUGAAAAUUAUUAUGCAGAAACUUGAUGCAAUGAAGAUUGAGUUUGUGACAGCAGUUGUGGAAGAAGGUGGAAUUCAAGUUGAUCAACUGUUCUUCCAUGACCCAGAUGGAUAUAUGAUAGAAAUAUGCAACUGCCAGAAUCUCCCUGUGCUUCCAAUUUCCUCUUGCCCACUCCAGCGCCACCCUUCAUUCUACUAUGGAAAAGAGACAUUCAAGGUAAACUUCUAUGCUGAAGAAUCUAAGUUGAUGAUGGAGAAUUUUAUGAUGGAUAUGUUGAAGAUUUCAAUAUGAGGAGAAGAGAAUUGUGUGAAUGCCUUUUUGUCUUGUACCAAAGUCCUCACAAUAUAAUAUUAGUAGUAAUAAAUCAUACUAUUAUCUUUUGUAUUCUCGUUUGUGUAUAAUAGACACGUAAUUCUCUCCUCUGUCAUCUCAACAAUGGAUUUCGUCGUCUUCAUUAUGUAUAAA